UGUGAGGAACAUGUAAUUGAUUUAUUGAUAUUUGAUUCUAGAUGGAAUCCAAUCGGUCGGUCAAAAUGUCUCAACAAGAGCUUAAAAACUUUAUCUUAAAUAAAUCUGCUGAAUUCAUGGCCACGCAUGGCAAAUCACAUAUUUCAAAACAAAUGGCUAAUUUAUCUACUUGUAAAGCACAACAACGCUUAUAUUAUAAAAAAUACAAAGAAUUAUCGAACCAAAUAAAUGUCAUAAGUUCCGAACUGGAUCUCUUGGUUAGAGUGCCUGACCCUGAAGUUAAACACGUUAGAAAUGUUGGAACAAAUGUGAAUUUGCCGUCAAAAAAAAAAAAUGGUAGUGACAACUGCAGCUGGUGCUAAACUAAGAAACUGACUAUAAUUUGUAAUA